AUGCUGCCAACUCGCUCCUCAGCCCUCUCAGGACACAUUAAGCUCUGGUUUCUGACCUUAGCUGUCCUUGUGGUCCUGGCUCAGACUUCCCCAGACGGGUGGCUGAAAACGUGCUAUUAUGGAAUGGGCAAAUGCAGACAUGAAUGCAGGUCAACCGAGAAGAAGAAAGAGAGAUGUGGGGACUUCACUGUUUGCUGUCUCCAAAUAUCAAAGUCGAAACUAUCUCACUUGCCUCCGGCCAAAGACCAGUCAAAGAAAAUCUCAAAGUUCAUAAUCACAGAGGACCGCCCAAAGAUGAUCGGUCGUGUCCAGUGA